ACGGCGCGGGCUGCUGGUCCCGGCGCGCAGGAGGCGCGGGCGGCCCUGGGGCCAUGGAGUCUGGUGACGCGGCGCGCCUCGGCCCGGGACGGGCGGCCCGGGCGCUGCCACCGCGGCUGCUGCUGCUGCCGCUGCUGCCGCUGCUGCUGGGUCGGGGGCUGCGCGCCGCGGCCUCGGCCUCCUCCUCUGGGGCGGCGGCCGAGGACAGCAGCGCCAUGGAGGAGCUCGCCACUGAGAAGGAGGCGGAGGAGAGCCACCGGCAAGACAGCGUGAGCCUGCUCACCUUCAUCCUGCUGCUCACGCUCACCAUCCUCACCAUCUGGCUCUUCAAGCACCGCCGGGUGCGCUUCCUGCACGAGACCGGGCUGGCCAUGAUCUACGGGCUCAUCGUUGGGGUGAUCCUGAGGUAUGGCACCCCUGCCACCAGCGGCCGUGACAAGUCACUCAGCUGUACUCAGGAACACAGGGCCUUCAGCACCUUAUUAGUGAACGUCAGCGGGAAGUUCUUCGAAUACACCCUGAAAGGAGAAAUCAGCCCCGGCAAGAUCAACAGCGUGGAGCAGAAUGACAUGCUGAGGAAGGUAACGUUUGAUCCAGAAGUCUUUUUCAACAUUCUUCUGCCUCCAAUUAUCUUCCAUGCCGGCUACAGUUUAAAGAAGAGACACUUCUUCAGAAAUCUCGGCUCUAUUCUGGCGUACGCUUUCUUGGGGACUGCCGUUUCCUGCUUCAUCAUUGGGAAUCUCAUGUACGGUGUGGUGAAGCUCAUGAAGAUUGUGGGGCAGCUCUCGGAUAAGUUUUACUACACAGACUGUCUCUUCUUCGGAGCCAUCAUCUCUGCCACUGACCCAGUGACCGUACUGGCGAUAUUUAACGAACUGCACGCGGACGUGGACCUCUACGCACUCCUGUUUGGAGAAAGCGUCCUAAAUGAUGCCGUUGCCAUUGUCCUGUCCUCGUCAAUUGUCGCCUACCAGCCGGCGGGGCUCAACACCCACGCCUUUGAUGCCGCUGCCUUCUUCAAAUCAGUUGGCAUUUUCCUGGGUAUCUUCAGUGGCUCUUUUACCAUGGGAGCCGUAACCGGCGUCGUGACAGCUCUAGUGACCAAGUUCACCAAGCUGCACUGCUUUCCCCUCCUGGAGACGGCGCUCUUCUUCCUGAUGUCCUGGAGCACGUUCCUUCUGGCGGAAGCCUGUGGCUUUACAGGCGUUGUGGCUGUUCUCUUCUGUGGAAUCACGCAGGCUCAUUACACCUACAACAAUCUGUCAGUGGAAUCGAGAAGUCGAACGAAGCAGCUAUUUCAGGUGUUACACUUCCUGGCAGAGAACUUCAUCUUCUCCUACAUGGGCCUGGCGCUCUUUACCUUCCAGAAGCACGUUUUCAGCCCCAUUUUCAUCAUCGGAGCUUUUGUUGCCAUCUUCCUGGGCCGAGCCGCACACAUCUACCCGCUCUCCUUCUUCCUCAACUUGGGCAGAAGGCAUAAGAUCGGCUGGAACUUCCAACACAUGAUGAUGUUUUCAGGCCUUAGGGGCGCGAUGGCAUUUGCGCUGGCCAUCCGUGACACGGCAUCGUACGCGCGCCAGAUGAUGUUCACCACCACCCUCCUCAUCGUCUUCUUCACCGUCUGGAUCAUCGGCGGAGGCACGACUCCGAUGUUGUCAUGGCUCAACAUAAGAGUUGGCGUCGAGGAGCCCUCCGAAGAGGACCAGAACGAACGCUGCUGGCAGUACUUCAGAGUUGGUGUGGACCCCGAUCAAGACCCACCACCCAGCAAUGACAGCUUUCAAGUCUUACAAGGGGACGGUCCAGAUUCUGCCAGAGGGAACCGGACAAAGCAGGAGAGUGCGUGGCUCUUCAGGCUGUGGUACAGCUUUGACCACAAUUACUUGAAGCCCAUCCUCACGCACACUGGCCCCCCGUUAACCACCACACUCCCCGCCUGGUGUGGCCUACUCGCCCAGUGUCUGACGAGUCCCCAGGUGUACGACAACCAAGAGCCGCUGAGAGAGGAAGACUCCGACUUCAUCCUGACCGAGGGCGACCUCACCUUGACGUACGGGGACAGCACAGUGACUGCAAACGGCUCCUCAGGCUCCCACACGGCCUCCACGAGCCUCGAGGGCAGCCGGCGAACCAAGAGCAGCUCGGAGGAGGUGCUGGACCGAGCCCUGGGGAUAGGGGACCAGCCGGUUUCGAGCCGGGGCACGCGCCUAGUGUUCCCCCUGGACAAUGCGUGACUCCCCCCUUCCCCGCCCCAGAGCCCGCGGCGAUGAUGGGGAUGAUGGGGACGGCCCACCAGCAGGUGACGGCUGCAAGCCCCGGGGUUGUCCGAGGAGGGGCACUGACUGAGCGGAACUAACGCUUCUGUUUUCUUGAGGUCUGAAGCUAUCUUAACCUUUACAAUUUAACCCAAGAUGGUGGGGCUGAAGUGUCUCUAAAUCAAGACAGACGCAGACCCAUUCCCACUUUUUCACGUAGUAGUGUGCUGUUCAGAGUUAACCAAACAAACAAAAUAGCAUGCUUUAAUGGUCUAACUCAUUCACCUGCAGUAUCUGAACAAGGUGUGUGGCGGGUGGGGGGGUGGUUGGAUCCCUCCCCGCCCCCUGCCCAGGAGAGGCUUCAGAUCCGUUCACAGCAGCCCAGGCCUGGCUGGCUGCAGGAAUCGCACGGUGGAGGAGAGCAGGCUAGAAGAAAGAUCGAGAAGGAAGGCGGCUGAGACUGGACCUGCAAGGAUGACAGGAAGCCGGCGGUAAAUGGGCCAGAACUCAGGAAGAAGCAAUUGGAGCGGCCGCUCCCGGCACCACAGGGCUACGAGACCGUGAUCUCACGUCAGGCUUCUGGGCUCUUUGCGGCCUGGCUUUCCUCUAGACUGAAGAGUGGAAAUCUCUCCAUGAACAUUUGCACCUGGGGAAAGAAUUAGAAUGCCUUCUCUGGAAGCCUCCAUCCAGAAGAAGCUACCAAAAGCAAAACCAAAGGCAAAAUCGCGUUACGCUGUUGGGUUUUUCACAUCCAUCUGAGGACAGGAGAAACUGGUUAGAAACUGAUGAUGAAAAAUCAGUCAAUUCUUUGGGGCCGCCGUAUAAGCCGACUGCCUGGCAAAUGAUUCAGAGGGCCGAGACACCUACUGUGGCUUUCGGAACAGCAUUGAAAUUUGUGGGGCGCUUUUAUCUGGGGACGAGAAAGCAAAAAGAAGCCUAAGGAGGCAGUAGGCUAGUAUUCGGGGUGGGGGGGGAAUCACGCCGCGAACACAAUCAACUGCAACAACAAAAUACAAGAUACUGUUGUAAAGACCGAGUAGAUUUCAGUGACCAUGUGAGAAAUUAGAGGCAAGUCCAUGGAAGAUUAAGCAGUAUUCAGUCCAGUGGAAGGUUCUGUCUACUGUAAGAUUAAGUCUCCAGAUGUCUUGAGGUCGAGUGCCAUGUAGAGAAGGGUCAUCCUCUCGGCAUCCGGGGAGGCUCGCACCAGCUGAAGGCGUGAGCACGGUGUGAAAUUUAGGUUCUUGAAAGCCCGAUUCCUUUUAAAAAAAAAAAAAAAAAAAAAAAAA